AUGAAACAACAUUGGCGAAUUAUCCAGGGCACAUUGCAGAAACUCUACACCAGAGGCUGGGAAGAUCUUGUGGAACGGCUAGCCAUUCCGUUCGCCACUCCGGCACCCAAUUCUGUACUCAAUGAGCAUCAGCCGUUCGAAAGGACUGCAGAACUUGGCCGUCUAGAUCUACCGGCUGAGCUAUUGAUUGAGAUCUUUGGCAACCUCGACGACAUCAGCGAUGCCCUGUUCCUCACACUCACCAACAUGCAUCUCUGGGCUAUAGGGCAUGAGCGCAUCUAUGAAAUUCUCUGCUCCUCUGUGGGUACAUGGGCCGGCCAUCGUAUCAUGUGCAUUGACGACUACACCAAAUUCGACGAUAUGCCCGAAGGCGUGCUGUCGGAAGAAGAACCCGGAGUGUUGAAAGAGCUCGCUUGGCAGAUUGAACAACGCCCGGCCUCGUCUCGAUCAAAUCACUCGGAGGACGGUUGCGAUGUCGAAGAUGAAGAUAGUUCUGAUGAACUUGAGCGCGAGCAUGUCUUUGACGAGUUAGGACCCGGUGACGACCACAACGCAUCGGAAGAUAUUCCCAUCAGCGGAGAAAUCUCAAGUGAGCCCGAGCUUGCAGCCCCUGAGGAUGACGUUCGAAUCGAAUCUGCCAAUUCGGAGGACGGAGGUGAAUUACAAUCCACCGAAUUAGUGGGGGACGAUUGGGAUAUAUCGCUUCCUGAUGUCGUUGACCGCGUCUUCACUGACUCGAACCCGGACACUGUUGUUUACAUAGAGCGUAUCCUCGACCGCCUUCUGGAAGUUGAUAUUCCUCCAGCUGAAGAAAGGCGCUGCAGGCUCGUUGCGCAGGAGUGCCCUAACUGGACCGAAGGUCCUGAGACGGACCGUCACAAGUGGGCCCUCUGUAACUUCUCCAAGCACGAAUAUGUGCGCGCAGACGCAACAGCGGCGCUUAACGAUCAAAGCAACAUGGGGCCCUUCAUAGAAGCAGAUCCCGGUCUUGGAGGUGUCCUUCUAUCCCUCAUUUACUGGUCGUCUGAUAGCUCCACUGCGACGGAUGAGCAAGCCGAUCUUCAUCGCGGUCCAUGGGCGGGCGACCGUCUCGCCAUCACUGCCCUUCCAAUGGAGUCAGAGGAAUGGAAGGAUAUCACUAACCCAGUGCUCCGUCAGUUGGCGGCAAUAUAUGAUGCUGAUGACCCUGACGAGGACGACCGGCCUGACAACUAUGUGGGCAUCUUUUAUGGAAGACCAGUCUACUAUGGGGAUGACCUCGAACUAGCCCUGCGUCGGGUAUACGCGUACGCUCUAUUGAUGUGGGGCUGGUUGCAAACAUCGUGCGCCGGUUCACGAAGGGACCACAUGAGGUGGCUAGCAUACAACUUUCAACGCGUGCACCCUGUCGAGUACUUGUCCCAGUGCAGCAUCAUCGUCCUAGAACCUACCGUUCAUUUAGCGGGAGAUUACGCGGCACAUCCAAACGAUACAGGGCGGCCACAUGCCCGGCGAAUCUUUAAACCUUAUAUCAGAACUUACAUCAACCCGUGGGCUACCGGCAAAGACUAA